CGUUAGUAAAAUGCUGUCCUAUUUGGUGGAGUGGCUGCGGGUGUGAAGCACUGCCACUCGACAUUGUGCGAACGGACAUGGCGACUUUCGUUCGAACGGGUCGAAAGAUUGUCGCCAUCGGGCGAAACUUUGCAGAACAUGCCAAGGAGCUAGGGAAUACGUCACCUAGAGAGCCAUUUUUCUUCUUGAAGCCAACAUCGUCGUACACUCCCAACAAAGGAAUCAUCGAGAUUCCGAAGGGAUGUGUUGUUCACCAUGAGGUUGAGCUUGGCGUGGUGAUUGGCAAGGGCGGACGUGACAUAUCGAAGUCGGAUGCCUAUUCUUUCAUCGCUGGCUAUGCACUGGCUAUUGACAUGACCGCGCGGAAUAUUCAAGAAGACGUGAAGAAGAAGGGAUUGCCCUGGUCCACCGCGAAAGGCUUCGACACAUUUACACCUAUCAGCGAAUUUAUACCGAAAUCUGCGAUUUCGGACCCGCACAAUGUUAACCUCUGGCUCAAGGUGAACGACGAUGUUAGACAAAAUGGAAAUACAAAGGACAUGAUAUACAAGAUCCCUCGGUUAAUUGAGCACGUUUCAUCUAUCAUGACCUUUGAGGGACCUGAGGGUGAUCUACUUCUCACUGGGACGCCAUCAGGAGUAGGCCCUAUCCGUACUGGGGACAAGAUUACAGCCGGGCUUGCUCUACCGCAGUCCACGGAAAAUAUUGUUUCGCUCGAACUUCACGCAAUUGAUCGAGCUGGAGGUUACCGUUUCACACCAUGA